AUGAAAAAAUUACUAACUUUUAUUAUCCUCAUAUGCUUUUUAUUCUACUUCUGUAAUUGCGGAAAUUUAUCAACUACACAAUUAGCUGAACAAACAUUAAUAACAACAUUGCUAAAUGGAUAUAAUAAAAAUAUAAGACCAGAUGAACAAGUAUAUGUUGAUAUCACUGCUUCACUACAACAAAUUGUGUCUAUCGAUGAAAAACAACAAAUAAUGACAUCAAGUUCGUUUAUUUCACAAUCAUGGACCGAUAAUCGAUUAUCAUGGACGCCAAGUGCUUCAGAUGAUAUUAACGUAGUUAUGCUACCAGUUAAAAGUAUAUGGAUACCAGAUACAAUGAUAUUGAACUCAGCAGAUACAAGUGGUUAUUUUACAGUGAGUGAUUAUAGUUUGGCAUCUGUCGAUUACGCAGGUAAAGUGUAUCUGAUAUUACCAGCAUUAUCGAUAAAAACAAGAUGUAGCUUGUUUGUUCAAAAGUUUCCAUUUGAUAAACAAAUGUGCAGCAUCAAUUUAACAUCAUGGAGUCAAGGAUCCAAUAGAGUCGUAUAUUCAGAGGAUAAGAAUGACGUAAUUGAUACUAGUGAAUAUAGUGAACAUCCUUUAUGGAAAUUGAAUGGAACAGAUAUGAUUGUAAGUCAAGCAGAAGAUAGAGUACCAUUUGAAGAUGGUUAUAAUGCUAUAAUAUCAAUACAAUUAUAUCUACAAAGAAAACCAUUAUUUUUUAUGAUGAAUGGUAUAUAUGCAUGUUUGAUUUUAAAUUGUGUUACUUUGCUAUCAUAUACAUUACCUUUUGGAUCACAAAUUGGUCUUUGUAUGACAUGCUUUAUGACAUAUUCUGUUUAUUCACUUAAUUUUUCCAAUUUAUUUCCACAACAAUCGGAAUACUUGAUGAUGAUCACAUUAUAUUUUUUGUUAUCAAUUUGUUGGACAUUAAUGUCAAUGGUAUGGUUUAUCAUAUGUAAUCAUUUUACAACAAAAGCUGAAAUGCCAAAGUCAACUUAUGCUUUUUGUGGACAGUUGCAAAAAGCACUUUGUUAUUGUUUUCCACCACCAAAAGAAGAUGACAAGACAGAUAAAAAUAAGGAUGUUAUUGUUGAAAAUGGUGACAUUAAGAAGUCUGAUGAUAAAGAAAGUACAAAAGUAACAAAUACUCAAAAAAUGAAAUGUGUUUCUUGCCAGAAACUAUUUUCUUCAUGUCUUCAAAGGCGUAAUAGAGUUGAAAACAUUGACAAGAAACAAGAUAUAUCCAGUGAAGAAAUAGAAUCUAACAAAAUAAAUACAACUGGCGUAAACCCAACUGACGUUAACCCAACUGACGUUAGUUCAACUGACGUUAAUCCAACUGAAACAACAGCAUGUAUAAACACUAAUGAACCAAAUGAGACAGCGAAACCAAAAUGCGACUUCUGCAACAGAUGUGAGUCAUGUCAAGCUGAUUUUGAUAAAGAUAAAGCAAAAGGUAAAAAUAAAAAAGACAUGGAAGCUAGAUGCAGCGCCUUAAAUUAUUUCGUCUUUCUUUGUGUCUUAUUAUUCAUGUUUAUCUCGAAUAUGGCUAUAUGGCUCUCAAUGUCACAAUAA